AUGGGGAAAUUCCUAGUGUACCUAUUACUACUCUUGCUGGAGUUUCCAGCCUUACUGAUUAUGCCUUUACCAUCUCCAUUGCCACAAACAUUAAGUAAUAAAUCUCUGUUAUUUCAUCCUCGGGUUGCUGAAGAAGCUCAAAUUCUUUUAAGUCACCCAAAUGAAUUAUUAAUUCCUCAAUUAGUACAUAGUUUGGCUCAAACAACUAGUGAGCAUAUUGAGUUAAAAGAUCAAUAUGCAGGAACAGAGCAGCCCGUUGAACAUCAAAGUGGCGCGCCAGAACUUUUAAAAGCAAUUUUCUUAAAAAAUCCAAGUGCAUUUAAGGGACCGGCAAGAAAUCAACAGUGGAAACAGCAGUUGCCACAAAUUCCUGGUCACAACCUUAAUUCUGCUUUUAAUCAAACAUCUCCUGCUAGCUAUGGUCAAGGGUCACCUGGAUAUACCCGUCAUACACCACAGGGCAGUCCUGCACAACCUGCAUCAGCUCGACUACCUGUUCCUGAUGACAAAACUCGGCCGCCGCUGUCUUCGCCGAGCACGGGAUUUCACGACCCUAACUUAGUUUCCCAACGUGCCUCGGUGAUCGCUGAUCCUCAAAACAGAGUAUCAGAGUUAAAUCCUCCUUUUCAAGACUUAUGUGAAAAUAAACUAAAUCGGGUUGAUGUUCCGACACAACCGGUUUCGGAAUGGGACGAUAAACUUUCGAGGCGUGUUAAGCCUCAUAGUGAACAUUCUUUUGAUUUAGACAAUGUUGAUCAUAAUCCCAGAGUGGGAUUAUCUCAUACAGAUUUUACCGAUUAUAACCGUCCCGAAGUUCAUCCUAGUCAUAGAAAUUUAGAGGGCUUAAUGUCUAAUGCUCCAGCAAUAAAUGUAAUGAGUAACAAUGGUUCUACAGGCCAGAUUAGUAGUAUGCGAAAUUACCGACCACAGAAAUCUCAAGGGCAACUGCAGACUUCAAAAGAACUCUUUCCUAAUUCUCUUGAUAAUUCAUCUUCUAUCACGCUUCCAGGAGCUUCUCCGGCGCAGGCUAGUGUGGCACCAGAAGAAUCUCAUGUCGGACUUCAAAAAUUUAAUAAGAAAGACAGUGCGUUGUUUGACAGUAGUGGGACCAGUGCGUCUGUGCAAAAAGAUCCAGCGAAUAGUGAGAGUGAGUAUACCCCGAAAUCUGAUACUAGUUCCGGUGUUUCUAGCGGUGGGAGUUCGAGUGUAGUGACAUUGGGUUCAAAUGAUAGUUUAUUUUUUGGCGCAUCAAAUUUGGAAGGUUCAGAAAAACUACUACCCGAACUUAGCUUUCAAAGAAGCGAAAAAAAUAAUCAUUCAGACUCCUUUGAGGGCUCUCUGAUUGCGGGUCGCGACGAAUUCAAUGGCACUGACAAUUUUAAUAGAGCAAAAUUGGAUAAAACCUGUAAAGAUUACGGGAAUGGUGAACCUGCUGAAAGAACAAUUGAAUCAAUGAAAAAUGAUUCGGAGUUUUUCAAAAUUCAAAGUAGUAGCACAAGCUCUUCUGCAACAGUGAGCCGACCCCAUUCUAUUGACUCGAAUGAUUCUUUAACGAAAAUGAAACCCGCAUACGUGCGCUUAAAUAGAUUAUCCGAAAAAGAUCAAGCGUUAAUGCAAAAAAGUUUGAGUAAAUUUGCUCAAGAGCAACCGAUUUUGGCGAGCAAAUUAGGUAUAACAAAUGAGUGUGAAGAAAAAAUGAAAUUACCAGUAUCUGAAUCUGAUUCCGAAGAGGAUUUAAAACCGAUUUCCAAGAUCUUCAAAUCACGUGAAAGGAACAAGGCUCGAGAAAAAAGAACUAAAAAAGGAAUUUCAGCAAAAGCUGAUUCGGGUAAAUUUUUUGCUGCAUCGCAUGCAGCAAAAGGUUUUGCUUAUUUUUUAGAUUCUGCUUUCUUACCUUCUUCCUUUCAAGAUAGUGAUGAGAGAUCAAGAAAACGAAGAAGAAGUACAGCCAAUCACGAUGAAUCUAAAGAACUAUCUCCCGUAGAACUUCCAAAACCUAAAGUACGAAAAGUCGAAAGGAAAAUGGUUCCAGUUUUAGAAAAAUUAAGUGUAGAAGAGCUUAUGGAAACAAAUACCUAUCAAAGGUUCAACACGACUAUAGAUAGAAUAUUUGAAAACACUGAUGAUCUCGAUCUAACUAUCGAAUUAGAUGUACCACCUGAAGCGCUUAUACCCAAGUAUCAAUUACAAGAUCUUUGUGCGGAGGCUGCAAAGUUGAAAACAUUAGGUGCAAUGGAAUCUAUUCCUGCCACUCGUUUGGUUAAAUUAUUAAAUAUUUUAGAAAAAAAUAUAAGGGAUGGUGCUAGGGUGUCCCCUAUAGCUGAUCCAGAUGAAAGUAAAUUAUGGUUGGAGUUGGCAAUGGAGAGAGUGAUGAGGGCUAUGGACGCUUCAUUGACUGCUAUUUAUAUAUUAACAUCACCCAACAUGCCAAAAAGAAUUUAUUUAGAAGAUGUCAUAGACAGAAUAGUUUUGUUUACAAAGUUUCAACUGUCUAAUACAAUUUAUCCGUCUUUCGAUCCGGUUUAUAGAAUAAAUAAAAAGGGAAAAGAUGGAUACACGGGGAGCGCAAGGAAAAAAAGGUCACAAGCUCAUCAAGUGCGAGAAAAAAGUAUUCUUACCCUUUAUACAAAACUUCACGGCCUCGUUGGCCUUUUAGCGGAACUUUUAAAUAUACAAGUUUUAACGGACACGGCUGUACUACAUGCGUCUUCAAUGGCAGUUUCCCCUUUUUUCGUUGAAGAAGUCAGUGAAUUGCAACUUUCUGCUCUCAAACUGGUUACCACGAUUUUCACAAAGUAUGAAAAACACAGGAGGUUGCUUUUAGAUGAUAUUUUAGCAUCAAUAGCUCGUUUACCUAGUAGCAAAAGAAGUUUACGAACCUACCGACUCAACUCCGAGGAACAUAUCCAAAUGUUAACCGCACUUGUUUUACAAUUAAUUCAAUGCGUGGUUAUAUUGCCGGAAAAUUUAAAAAAUAAAAAUAAGGAAACCAAAGAAAAAGAAGGAGAGGCUGUAGCCAAAGAUAAAAUAAAUAUGGAUAGAGACGUUCAAAUCAUAAGCAAAUACGAAACUGCUAUGAAAAUAGCCGGAAAUUUUCUUUCCGUUUUUCUUAGUAAAUGCGGUAGCAAAUCCGAAGAAAUUGAUUAUAGGCCUCUUUUCGAAAAUUUUGUUCAGGAUUUAUUGACGACGGUUAAUAAGCCUGAAUGGCCAGCCACGGAAGUUCUUCUUAGUUUAUUAGGAAAAUUAUUGGUUGGCAACUUUAUGAACAAAAGUACUGAUAUGGCAUUGCGUGUUGCCUCACUGGAUUAUCUAGGUGUUGUAGCUGCUAGGUUAAGAAAAGAUUACGUGACAUCAAAUAGAAAAUUAGCAUCUAUCGAUCAAAUGAUUAGUGAAAUAAAAUCUGCUGAAAGCAAAGACGCCGACGAUAAGAACAAUAAAAAGACUGAAGAAUUGGAUCCAGAGGAAGAAAGAACACAGUUUCUUCAAAGAGUUUUGUUGGAUUAUUUGGCAGUUAACGGACAAAGUGACACAGCGUGGAUUUAUGCAAGACAUUUUUAUUUGGCUCAAUGGUAUAUAAAUUUAUUAAUAAAAAUAAAUACAUGGAAACAAAAUCAUUCUCCUAAUAAGUCUAAUAAAAAAAAUAAAAGGAAAAAACGGAAAUCGGAGUCAAGUGAAGAAGAUAUAUCGGAUUCUUCUGAGCCUGAAGAUGAGGAUGAACUUUUGGUUAGCGAAGCCAAUACAACAGCUCGGUUUCAGAUCAUGGAAAGUAGAAAACAAUUUUUAUUAUCUAAAAUAAAACCGUUCAGUGAUGAAUCUGGAAGAACAAAUAUAUUACAAACUUAUAUAGAUUAUACAAGUGCUGAUUUAAUUUCUCGGUAUCUGUCUUCUAAAAGGCCUUUUUCCCUUAGUUUCGACGGUUAUUUAAAACAGAUUUUAAGGGUACUAGCAGAAACUUCAAUAGCCAUAAGAACUAAAGCAAUCAAAUGUUUGACAAUGGUAGUCGAGGCUGAUCCGUCUGUCCUUGGUAUGAAAUCAAUGCAAAUGGGCGUAAGAGUUUCAUUUUUAGAUCAUGCCACUUCAGUGAGAGAAGCCGCCGUAGAUUUAGUCGGAAAGUUUGUACUGAGUAGGCCUGAACUUAUCGAUAAAUACUACGACAUGCUGUCUGCGCGUAUUCUGGAUACCGGUGUUAGCGUACGAAAAAGAGUAAUUAAAAUCUUGAGAGAUAUCUGUAUAGAAUGUCCCGAGUUUACGAAAAUACCAGAAAUUUGUGUAAAAAUGAUACGUAGGGUCAAUGAUGAAGAGGGUAUUAAAAAACUUGUCAUGGAGGUUUUUCAAAAUAUGUGGUUUACACCAGUCAAAGAUAGGCCGCAGUUGGACCAUAGAGCUCUUUUAAGAAAAGUUAUGAACAUAACUGAAGUUGUAGCCACUUCAUCGAAAGAUAUGGGGCUCGAAUGGUUUGAAACAUUAUUACUGAGUCUUUUUAAACCAAAAGAAGAUAAAGACGAUUCCACAAAAGUAGUUGUUGACCCACCAAAAGCUUUAAUCACGGCCUGCACUCAAAUAGUGAAUUGUUUAAUUGAAAACAUAUUAAAAUUAGAAGAACAAGAAAUGGGAAAGGAAAACCAGGGAUCUUCGCAAAGACUAGUAGCAUGUUUAACGACCAUUUAUUUAUUUGCCAAAAUCAGGCCGCAAUUACUUGUCAAUCAUGCGAUUACUCUUCAGCCUUAUCUUAGUUUAAAAUGUCAAACUCAAGGAGACUAUCAAAUUGUGAGCAACGUAGCUCGAACGUUAGAAUUGAUUGUACCUUUAAUGGAACAUCCCAGUGAAACUUUUUUAGCUCAGUUAGAAGAAGAUUCAGUCAAAUUAAUAUUACAACACGAUCGAAUAGUUGUUGCUAGUUGUUUGUCUUGCCUUGGUUCUAUUGUAAAUAAUGUAACUAGAAACUUUAAGCUAAUUAGGGAUUGCUUCCAAAAAUAUUACGGAUAUUUAAUAAAAGUUCGUGAUUUGAUGGAAAAGGAAAUCUCGAAAGCGCAAUUAGAGUCAAUUCGGCCCUAUUGUAAAAGGGCUCUCUUCACAGUUGGCCUUCUCAUGAGGCAUUUCGAUUUCACCGACAAAGAUGUACGAGACGGCCUUCCCGAAGAUCUUAAAGAUCAAGUAUUUAGCACUUUGUUUUUUUUCGUACACGAUCCAUCACCGGAUAUUCAAAAUUACACAAUGAAAGCCAUAGGAUCGCUAUGUAUCAGACAUUACGAAUUUAUGUUAGGAAACGAAUUGAAGCAAUUGUAUUAUAAACUUUUGACUGAGUCGGAUGCUCCUUUAGCUAUGAAAGCUCAGGUUUUGCACAAUAUUGAAAUGUAUCUCCAAGAAGAGGAAACAAGAAUGAUAAAGCAAGACCAAGAGUGGUCGAAAUUGUCGAAACAAGAAAAUUUAAAGGAAAUGGGUGACGUAUCAUCAGGUAUGGCAAGUACAGUAAUACAGUUAUAUAUAAAAGAAAUAUUAGACGCUUUUCUUCAUUACGACGUAAGUGUACGGCGAGCCGCUUUAAAAGUCAUACAGUUAAUUCUUCAACAAGGUUUAGUUCAUCCCGUUCAGAUCGUACCUUAUUUAAUAUGUAUGAGCACGGAUAACGAAAAAGUUGUGAGUCACAGCGCGGAUAAGCAAUUACAAGAAAUAGAAAAAAAAUAUCCCGGUUUUAUACAUAUGAAAGCUCAGCUUGGAAUCAGGCUCUCUUAUAGGUUGCAACGAAUCAUACAAGGAAAGGAAAUUGUUCGGGGGUUUCGAACGGUAGAAGGAGAAUUUCCCGGGGCUUUAAAUGGAUUUUUAUAUUCGAUAUUGAGAACAACCAAACAACAAAGGAGGGCCAUCGUUUUAAGUGUCUUAAAGCAAUUUGAUGAACAAAAAACUAGUUUGGCUCAAAUGUUAUAUUUAGCAGAUAACCUCGCUUAUUUUCCAUAUCAAGUUCAAGAUGAGCCUUUGUUUAUUGUGCACCACAUUGACGUCAUGAUCUCCAUGUCCGGUACAAACCUUCUUCAAUCUUUCAGAGAAGCUUUAAUUCCAACUUCUAAUCAAACUACGAAAAUCGAUCCGAAUACGGGAGCCGUUGGUUACGACGAAGACGAAGAUGAGGAUGAAGAUGCCUUGUUGAAUCGGGUUCCUGAAGAUACAACCGUAUUACAAGAUUGCAUCACAGCUUCCCAAGGUUGUUUAUUGCUUUUGGUUCUUAAACAGCACCUUAAGGAUUUAUACGGUCUUACUGACGCGAAAAUUGCACAAUAUUCUCCUUCAGAAUCAGCAAAAAUUUACGAAAAGGCUGUGAACAGAAAAAGUAAUUCUAAUUUUAAUCCGAAAGCCACUUUAGUGAAAUUAAAAGAAGGUACUCCGCCUAGGCAUUUGGAUGAAAACCAACGUAAAGCUUUGAUCGAUCAGUACCUAGAUUUUAAACAGUUAAUGUUAAAAUUCGAUCCGGACGAAGACGACGAGGAUGGAACGCAAUCUCAGGCUACCUCAGGAAGUCAACAAGGUCCGCAACACGCGACUUCCUCUCACGAUAACACUCCGACAAAAACGGGAUACAAUUGUCCGAACGCGUUGACUCCCGGACAGGAUAGUUUAUCACCGUUGAACGCAACACCCAAUCCGGCCGAAAGAGGAAAUUUUCCGUACACGCAGCAGGACACGAGGGAAAUAACGCCGGGUAAAGUUCCAAAAUUAACAAUCGUCACGCCGAGGCCUAACGAAAAAGAUUCACUUCGGUCUCACAGGCAUAAAUCACAUAAAUCCGAAAAGCAGAAAAAGCACAGGCAUAAAAAGCGUAAAAAAUAUAGCGAAGACGAGAGCGACGAUAACGAAUUUAGUGACCCCGAUUUUCUCGUUUAA